AUGGCGUCUUCACCACAUCCGAAAGUCUACCCGUCGGAAAUCAGGAAUGUUGCUGCAUCGACGAGCAAUGUGACUUUGGUGUCUCAAAAACACGAUACGAUCUCAUCUGCAGACUCAGUCGGGACAUCCCACGAUAGCAAUGUCUUGUCACGCAAUAAGCCAGGAUGGUGUGCCAGGACAUUACGUCGGAAUCGAGUUGAGGACCAUGCAAGAGAUUCCACAAACACUGAUGAUAAUAGUGACGACUCAGAGGAACUUUGCAAGACUCGGCUCUUGUUUGUGAACAAUGUUCGGCGGACGAUGGAGUACGCCGCAUACAUGCAGAAACAUCAUCACGCAGACCCGUACUGGACCAACACUGUCUGUUCUUCCAAGUACACAGCGUUCAACUUUCUACCCAAGUCAUUGUUCGAGCAGUUCCGUCGCGUGGCUAAUUUCUACUUCCUCAUUAUCUCUCUCCUGCAACUGUGCACCAAGUUAUCACCUACGAACGAGUAUUCGACGAUUGGACCCUUGACCAUUGUAUUGAUCGCUACGAUGAUCAAAGAAGGGCUUGAGGAUCGUGCACGGCAUCGACAAGAUUGGACGGUAAACCACGGAAAGGUUGAAACACUUGAUGAUGCAGAAGGAAGACGCAAAACGCAAGACACUAGAGGUCAUGUCGGAGGAUUCCGACCAACGUUUUGGAAAAACUUACGAGUCGGUCAUUUGAUCAAGAUCUACGAUCACGAACAGGUACCUGCAGAUAUUGUGCUCUUAUUUUCAAGCCACGAGACUGGAGAGGUCAUGUGCGAGACGGCCAGUCUUGAUGGCGAGUCCAAUCUCAAAGUUCGUCACUGUAUCAAGUGGAACCGUCUUGUCCCUCAUGAACCAAACGAGUUUGGCGAUACGAUUCAUGGGGAGGUUCGUUGUGAAGCACCGAAUAAACGACUGUACAACUUUGACGGUGUUCUAAGACUAUCUCGUGUCAAAGUGCAGGCGUUUGAUGAACCUCAAAGACUGGCAAAGGAUCAAGAAUCAACGCAUGAGACGGAAGAAAUGUCGAUUACGAUUGAGAAUGUUCUACUCCGAGGAAUGAAGCUUUGCAACACGAAAUGGGUCAUUGGUGUUGUCGUUGGCGGAGGAAAUGACACGAAGCUCAUGCAAAACAUGAAGGCGAUUCCAUCCAAGUUUAGUCGUUUGGAUCGUAUCGCGAAUCGCUGCAUCUUCCUCAUCUUUGCCGUACUAUUUUGCAUCUGCUGCUUCAGUUCCAUUCAAGCAUUGUUGUUAGCGACGAGAGUGCACAAGAAAACUAGUUUCACAACGACAUAUUUUGCUGUAACCAAGUCGACUCUCGCCUACUUUCUAGAAGCUUGGAUAACGCAUUUGAUCCUCUACAACAACAUGGUGCCGAUAUCACUCUACAUCAGUUUGGAAGUGGUGAAAUGGUAUCAAGCGCGGCGAAUUGAACGUGACCCGAAGAUGCGGUGCUCGAUCACUGGUCGUGGUGUUACUGCACGCACUUCAAAUGUGAAUGAAGACCUUGGACAGAUCAAAUACAUCUUUAGCGACAAAACGGGAACGUUGACGAAGAAUCAAAUGCUUUUUAAAGUGUGCAGUAUUGGUGGAGUCAUCUUUGAUUCAUCGAAUAUGCAUCUUCGUCGGACAGCACAAGACAUUCACGAUGAUCUGAGAGAAGAGAAUGACAUGAUGCUCAAGUUUGGUGCAGUGAUUGGUGCCAACCGAGAAGGAACUGCAAAUAAAAGACAGCCAUCGAGUUAUGUAUCGGUCGUCGACAAGGAUGUUCGAACACACUCUCAGCUGAUAGAGUUUAUGAAGAGCCCUUCUGGAUUGUCAACGAAAGAUAAGCUUGCAGUGGAGUUGGCUCGACCGUUCUUUCGAUGUCUACUGCUUUGUCAUUCUGCCUCAGUGUCGAUUGAAAAACCAAAUGAUCAGACUCAUGAACGCAGUGUAACUGGUCGAACAUCAACUGACAAUGCCGAAGGAAGUGGAAGUCAACGUCAAGAUGGUGAAGUCAAUUCUUCCAUGAGUCAAUCAACCGAAGCUACAGACGCAUUUUCAUUCCUUAGAAACGACCGCAAGUUUUUCGGUUCUUCACCCGACGAAGUAGCCCUCCUCAAUGCUGCCCUGGAAUUUGAUUGUGUGUAUGAACGACGUGACGGAGAUGUCAUUCACAUUCGUUUGUUUGGCAAACCCGAAUCAUAUCAACUGCUUGCAUUGAAUGAAUUCGACAGUACGCGAAAGUGUAUGUCCGUCGUCGUAAAGAGACUACAUCAAGAUGAGUCGGAAGUGAGCUUGGCGAAUUCAAUGCACACACAAACACGUGACAGCUUGGGGUAUUCCGAUUCUUCCGAAACGGAUGUCGAUAGAUUGAGCAAUGACUCGGAACCGGACGAUCAUGAGAUCCUGGUCUUUUCUAAGGGUGCAGAUACUGUCAUGUUUGCUAAUGCACACAAGGAUGAAGAUAUCAGUAAGUUUGCAUUGCAUGUGCAUUACUUUGCAGCCAUGGCAUUACGUACCUUGUUACUUGGAUACCGUACGUUAUCAAGUACAGAGUAUCAUACGUGGAAGUACCAGUUUGACGCAGCAAAGAAGGCUGUGUCUAACCGAGAACAGCAAUGUGAAGAAGUAGCAAAACAAAUUGAAAAGUCCAGCAAACUCCUUGGCGCCACAGGUGUUGAGGAUGUGCUUCAGGAUGGCGUUCGAGAAUGCAUUUCUCAAUUGUCACUUGGAGGAAUCAAUAUCUGGAUGCUCACGGGAGAUAAGGACGAAACUGCAAUCUCAGUCGCGCACAUGUGUGGACUCAUUGGUCCCAAGAGCAAAAUCAUCAUCAUCAAGGGCAAGAACAAGCAAGACUGUCUCGAUGAAAUUGCAAAGGCUCGACGAAAGCUGAAGCGAGACGGUGUGUGGGUCCCCGGAGUAGCUUCUCAGGACAUCUCGCUGGUAAUUAACGGAGAAGCAUUGGAAUACUUGCUUGCGGACGCACUACUUUCCAGCUCGCAAGCAUUGUACGUCAAUGCCGAUUAUCACGUGACUCCCAAUUCUAUCCAAGCGAGUCACUCAGACUCAACCUUUAGCCACAACGAUACCUUGGACGGGCUAGGAAACGAACACGAUUCAAGUCAAAGUGAAUCGAUGUCUUCGAAGCUGGUUGAUGAUGUGCCGAUUCCAGCAAUUUUGAAUACUCGAGCCGGAUCAUCUCGCACGUGGAUCACGGAUACCAAUGAUACCGUUCAAUUGGCACACGAGUUGUUUCAAGAGCUUGCAUCUCAGUGUAGAACAGUGGUUGCUUGUCGGCUUAGCCCCAUGCAAAAGGCUCAAGUGGUAAGUUUGAUGAAGGCAGCACCUGGCUCACCACUCACGCUUGCUGUAGGAGACGGAGGCAAUGAUGUCAGCAUGAUUCAAGAAGCUCACGUUGGCGUCGGCAUUUACGGACAUGAAGGAAUGCAGGCAGUCCGUGCUGCUGAUUUUGCUAUUGUCACGUUUCUUCAUCUCUCUCGACUUUUACUUGUGCAUGGACGUUGGAACCAUCUUCGAGUUGCUCGGGUUAUCUUGUUCUCGUUUUACAAGAACAUGGCGUUGAUAAUGACGUUGUUCUUGUACUCUUUUUACAACGGGUUCUCGGGGCAAACAUUGUACGAGUCUUACUUGAUGGUUGGAUGGAAUGUGCUGUACACUGUCUUGCCGAUUUUCGUGCUUGGAAUCCUUGAUGAAGACAUUCGAGAUCGUGCUGUGCUUCGAUAUCCGUUUGUGUAUCGAAGUUGUCUCAAGAAAAGCGAGCUAAGUAUUCAAGGACUCGGUAUCUGGAUCGCAAACGCGCUGUUUCAUUCGUGUCUGGUCUGUUUUGUGGUGUUGAAAACGAUGGACGGGGUAUCGUCAAAGUAUAGUCAUGCUAACGGCCUUUUCCCCGAUGGGACUGCUGUCUACGGAGCACUGAUCAUCACUGUAACUUUGAAAGCUUCUCUCCACAUGCAAUGCUUGUAUCGCUGGACUCGAGCUCACUACAUCUCUUUACUUGGAGGGUUUGGAAUGUACAUUUUGUUUGUGGUGACAUACUCGCAAGCGUACCGAAUGUUUCCAGGUUUCGACGUGUUUCGUGAUUUCGAAGGUCUUGCACCGAUACUUUUUUCCGAGAUGCUGUACUGGAACCUCUUGUUCUUUACAUCUAUCACGUGCCUCUGUGCUGACCUGGCUGUCAUGUAUCUGAAGAAGAUGUAUUUGCCUUCAAGCAACGACAUCAUCCUUGAGAUUGAUAGUGGACUUGGUGAUCUUCCUGCCGUACUUGUUCGCAAUGCCGAUAGAUCCACUGGCAACAUCCAUGCAACAAAACUCAUCUACAGUUCGUCCGAUCGAUCGGAUGAUGGAAGCUAUGCAGGAGGUGGGAGUGCAGCUGGAAGUGCUCGCUCGUCAAACGGAAAAUGGACACCAUCGCUUCUCGAAGGCGAGUGGAGUCAACAGUUUCGUGAUUUCGACCAACCUUCCGAGCACGAUGAAUUGUCGAAACAACUCGUCUUGAUACAGCGUGAUCUUUCUCAGGAGAUCGGACACCCGGACCCUUUCAUGCAGGAAGAUGAUGUACACAGCUCACGAGCAUUACGGGUGCAACCACCCAUUCACCCUUUGACACUGGAAUUUAUGGGCGAGGAACAUCAACGUCUUGAAAUGGAAUACGAGAUUACGUUUGCCUUUCGUGAGCGCAGUCGUGUCAUGCUAUGCUUGAAGGUUAUGGCGUUCAUGAUUCCCCUUUACGCCGUUUACGAAUUGUUCUGGGAAGAGGAAUCGAUGUACAUUUGGAUUCGCGUGAGCUACUUCGUGUGCGACUUGUUGUUCAUGCGCUUUGUCCGUACCAAGUACUUUGUUCAACACUACCAAAUUGCGAUUCUGCUGCCUUACUGCAUCGUUGGUAUGGUCCUUACGCUGACAAUCUCAGAUACAGGCAAAUUCGCUGCAGCUCUUUAUCCAGUUGGGCUUUUCGUGGUCAUCCGCGUAAAGUUUCUCUACGCAUUGCUGCUCUCGAUGUAUAACUUUGCCUUCUACAUGCUGGCGGAACGAUUGUGCUCAAUGAAUUAUAGCAACGGUGUUGAUAUGUCCGAUCUGAUGCUCUUCGCCCUCUACUUGAUGCUCGUGAUUAUCUUUGGAGCAUACGCGUGCUACUCGCUUCAGAUCACCAUGCGACGAGAUUUCCUUCAGAGUCGAUCACUCCUCAUUGAACAGAAGCGUUCAACUCAAAUUCUCCAGAAUAUGCUGCCCGAACACAUUGUUCAACGCAUGCAAAAGGGUGACACGUUGAUAAGUGAAGACGAACAGGAUGUGACGAUCCUAUUUUGUGAUAUCGCUGACUUUGCUUCCUUCGUAAACCGCUUCAGCCCCACAGAAGUCGUUUCUCUUCUCGAUCGAGUGUACUCACUCUUUGAUCAAAUUUGCCAGAAACAUGAUGUUCGUAAGAUGGAAACGGUUGGCAAAACUUACAUGGCUUGUGCUGGUUUACAAGGCAAAGAUCGAGGCAGAGAAGCAGCACUUCGUGCUGUAUCAAUGGCAUUGGAUAUGUUGACCUGUCUUGAGAAAUGUCGUGCAUCGAAUGGCAAUGGCAUAAAGCUUCGUAUCGGAAUUCAUUCGGGUCGUGUUGUGAGUGGACUGGUAGGCAUCAAGAAGCAGCAAUUCUCGUUGUUUGGUGACACUGUAAACACGGCAUCGCGCAUGCAGUCGACAGGUGUAACUGGACGGUGUCAAAUCUCUCACGUUACGUACACGAAGCUUGUUAAGCAUUUCACGUUUGAAGAACGGCAAAUUGAUGUAAAGGGUAAAGGAAGCAUGAAAGCGUACCUGGUAGGCGAACCGAUUUCACAAGUAGCACAAAUGUCAUGUGUCGGUCAGUUGGAGCUCACUUCUGAGCAUGACUUGGUCUCGAUGCCGUCGUUGGCAGUAAACGUAAGCUGCCCAUUUGUCGUGACUCGAAACCGACUACUACGUUCGGCAAAACAGGGCUGGAAAAAACAUAAUCCGAUUCGCAUGCUGCUUGGAAAAUCACCUGAUCGAACUUCAUGGGGAGGAACCAAAGACACGAGCGAGAGGAUCGAGCAGCACAUGCUUACGAAGAUUCGAUUACCGGAUAUGUGCUUUAAGGAUGACGAGAUGGAAAGCAAGUAUCUCGAAAUGACACGAUCCGAUCGAGUAGAUGGAGCACGCACUACUUUCCUCGCUUUGGCAGCGUAUGCUUCAUUCACUUGUAUGCGCGAUCUCGUAACGAAACUUUUCUCAGUAUACAGCUCGUAUGAAGAUCAGGAAGAUAUCUCGCCGAAGAUGUACAUGAUCCUGUUACUUUUUCGGGGUCCAUUUGCAAUCGUAGCGAUAUUGGUAGCACGGCGUGUCCGUGAUGAGUUUGUCUGCUACUCGGAGACCAAGCUUCGUAAUGUGCUUCUUGGGUUGUAUCUCGUUGGACUCCUCGCAUUUACGUUGGCUCAGGCACUUUUGUGGGGUCUCAGCUACGAAGCAGAUAUCGAUACGUCACCUCGCUACGUGAAUUUGUGCUUGGACACAGUGCUGGCGAUGUUUGUCGUUUCCAACGGCCGCUCGAUCUUGUAUCGUCAUGUGGUCGUGUUUAACGCCAUAGCUCUGGUAAUGGUGACUAUCACUACACUGGUAUCUCUGCAAAGGUAUCAUCAAGACGCUGCAAAGUUCAAUUCCAAGUUCAAAACGAGCUACCCGAUAGUACUCACGUACUUUUCAGUGGUGGCGAAUAUCAUCGCAUCACAAAGUACCGAGUUCUUUACACGGCGUCAAAUCUGGCUCAAGACCCGUACUCAGCUGGAAACCAUGAACGCUGAUCGACUACUGUAUCAAAUGUUGCCAGCCGCUGUAGUUAUGCGACUAAAAGAGGGAGAAAUGGUCUGUGACGAGCAUCAGCAAGUGGGAAUCCUGUUUUCAGACAUCAAGGGGUUCACGUCUAUCGCUUCACAAGCUGCUACAGCUCAAGUUGUCGACAUUUUAGCCUCGCUCUUUUGUGCGUUUGACAAGCUCACUGAAAAGCACGGUGUGUUUAAGAUGCAGACCAUCGGUGACGCGUACGUGAUUGUUUCAGGUCUGCCGUACGCGGACAUGAGUCUUGGUUCUGAUCUAGUGACAAAUUCCGCUAGUACUCCAAACAUGUCAAAGGUAGAUGCUGCGUCAAGUUUGGGGCUCACAUCCACGUUGCCUCGGGUAGCUAGCAACCGUGUUCUAAACUGGGAACGGAAGCAUGGCGCAGUACGAAAAUUCGGUGAUACCCCACAAGGCUCAGACACGAAGCUGAGAUCGUUUCUACUGCAACGAAAUGCGUUGAAAACCAAAGAUCAAAUGCAUUUGCGCAGCCACAUCCGUGAUCUGCUUGCUAUGGCUCGUGACAUGCACCAGGAGGUGCGUAAAAUACAAGACCCAAACACCGGUGAGCGGUUGCAAAUGCGUAUCGGCAUCCACAUUGGUUACAUCAUUGGUGGUGUGAUCGGAACGACCACGCUACGUUACGACAUGUGGGGUCCAGAUGCACUCACAGCCAACGAGCUUGAAUCCAAUGGCGUUCCUGAGAAAAUUCUUGUAAGUCCUGCUGUGCAAGAAGUCGUCAAGGACAUGGCCGAUAUUCGUUGUACGCCCCAUGGCAAGAUCAAUUGUACGAACGUUCCGAUGAUGGACACAUAUCUCGUCGAUUUCAUUGAGCCGGUCGGAAGAAUCAAUGACAACAGCACCAAAAGCAGUGGAAAAUGCGAUCUACUUCGACCAGCAUCUAGCUUUGGUGACUUGGAUCAAGGCAAAAGACACCAUGAUAACCCCCCACGUGAGCACCAUCAGAUAGUUAUACAGCUAUCGAAUCUUCGUUAA